UGUCAAAAUAAAUAUCACCGGUAGUGUUUACGUGUUUAGUUGUCAUCACGUCGAAUUUCAAAAACUGAAUUUUAAUUGUAACUUGUUCGUAAAAGCGCUCCCCUCGCCUCGUCCCAUUUAAUUUGCAUCGCACAUCUAUGGUCUCGCCUAAACCGUAACUUUCACAUAGUGAAACAUGGGGGUACGUACGUUGUUGGGUAGGAAACAACGAACCGUGAGGGCGGUUUGUUUGGUUGUCAUUGUACUAGUUUUACUUUACAUGCUCUCCACAUAUGACAAAAAAAGUGAAUCAGCUCCAAUUAGAUCAGCUAGACUAGAAGGUAGAAUGCCUAAACUGGUGCAAGGGUUGGGUAAUUUUGAACCAAAAGAAAUAGAGGACAGGGAUGGACCUGGAGAAAAAGGUCAGGCACAUCACUUGAGACAGGAACAACAAAAUGAUGCAGACCAGUCUGAAUCUGAGUAUGGUAUGAAUGUGGCAUGUUCUGAUGAGAUUUCACUGGACAGGACAAUAUUGGACACUAGAUUGCCUGAGUGCAAACACUGGGAUUAUCCAUAUGAUUUGCCCUCCACUAGUGUGAUCAUUGUUUUUCACAAUGAAGGGUGGAGUGUGCUUUUGAGAACAGUCCACUCAGUCCUUAAUCGAUCACCAAAACAUGUGCUUAAGGAAAUCCUUCUGGUUGAUGACUUUAGUGACAAGGAAAAACUGAAAAACGACUUGGAUGCCUACAUUGAACAGUUUGAUGGCAAAGUUAGACUGAUCAGGAACCACCAAAGAGAAGGUCUGAUUCGUACAAGGUCGAGGGGCGCGAAAGAAGCUAAAGGCGAGGUCAUUGUGUUUUUGGAUGCCCAUUGUGAGGUCAACACUAAUUGGUUGCCGCCGUUAUUGGCUCCAAUUUACAGGGACAGAAAAACAAUGACUGUCCCUGUGAUUGAUGGAAUUGAUCACAAAACUUUUGAGUACAGACCUGUUUAUGGGGAUGAUAGACACUUUAGAGGAAUCUUCGAGUGGGGCAUGCUGUAUAAGGAGAACGAGGUGCCGGAACGCGAACUCAGAACCCGUAAACACAACAGCGAACCGUACAAAAGUCCCACCCACGCCGGCGGCCUGUUCGCCAUCGACCGCAAAUACUUCCUCGAGCUGGGCGCCUACGAUUCCGGUCUUCUGGUGUGGGGCGGCGAGAACUUCGAACUGAGCUUCAAGAUAUGGCAGUGCGGCGGCAGCAUCGAGUGGGUGCCGUGUUCCCGCGUCGGCCACGUGUACCGCAGCUUCAUGCCUUACAAUUUCGGCAAGCUGGCGAAGCAGAAGAAGGGUCCGUUGAUCACCAUCAACUACAAGAGGGUAAUCGAAACGUGGUUCGACGAGAAGUACAAACAGUUCUUCUACACCAGAGAACCGUUGGCCCGCUUCUUGGAUAUGGGCGACAUAACUGAACAGUUGGAACUGAAGAAUCGCCUGCAGUGCAAGAGUUUCGCUUGGUAUAUGGAGAACGUGGCGUACGACGUUUUGGACAAGUUCCCCGAGUUACCACCCAAUUUGCAUUACGGCGAGUUGAGAUCUGUGGCCGUCAACAAGUGUCUGGACACCCUGGGACAUGCGCCGCCUUCACUGAUGGCUAUACAACACUGUCAUGGAUAUGGCAAUAACCAGCUGAUGAGACUCAACGCUAAGGGACAACUUGGCGUUGGUGAAAGAUGUAUUGAAGCUGACGGUCAGGGUAUAAAGCUAGCUUUCUGCCGUCUGGGAACCGUGGACGGACCCUGGAUGUACGACGAAAGCUCGAAGACACUGUUGCACCGCGUCCACAGAAAAUGCAUGGCUCUACAUCCCCAAACGUCGCAUCUCUACCUCAUGCCUUGCGACUUCAACAAUGCAUAUCAGCACUGGACUUUCAAGGAGGUCAGGCCUAAGUAUUAGACAAGGCACGAAUCUGAACUAGCGAAUCUAAAGACUGUUUUUCUAACGAUAAUAUCAUUGUAGGGUUUGAAUGUUUUUAUAGUAGCGAAUUCGUGUGCAAUGUUUAGGGGCGGUUUUGAUCAAAUGCCAAGCUUGAAUGUUUCUCCAUGUAUUUUCAUUUGUGAAAAUGUUUAAUUAUUUUAUUUUACACAUUGUUUUGUGGUGUUAGCGCUUGUUUAGCGAUAAUCAUUGCAGGAAAUUAUAUUAAUUUUUUACAACAACAUACAACAUUUUAACGAUAAUUUUUUACAUUUACUGUUAACCCACAAUCACGCUUACAUUUGCAGCUUAUCAUAACAAUGCAAUCGAAUUUUGUGAACAAAGUAACAGUUCCUAAGGUUUAAGUAUUCCGAUAAAAUAUUCCUGCUCAUUCUGGCUUUGUGCCGGUUAGUUGUAGAAUUUCAAUAACGCAAACGUCUAAGUUUUUUUAAUCUUUUUCAGU